GCCAUUCUCUUCAGUGAACGUGCAGCUGGGGGUCUAUAGGAAAAGCCAAGACAAUAAACAUAUAGAUACACUGUAUAAAUAAGAGAAUAGGCAGAGGUAGCAGCGGCAGCAAUGGUGGUUUUAGCGCGAGUAAAGGAGGAGCCAGAACACGUUUGACAUCAGCUCUGUUGGAGGAGUUUCAGGAAAUGCAAGAAGCCAGCAGCAGCAGCAGCCACAGGGAGGGACACAGACUUCUCAUACCUUGGCGAAUGGAAGAAGGGAGCGAGGGAACCAUUUAGCCGCAUUUGCUAAGUAACAAGAUGAAAAGCCCAAGUGCAGCUCUUCUGUGACAAAAUCCCCGCAGCGACAACUUAUUUAAACCAGCGAAGAGCGGGAAGUGGUGGCCGAGCUCCUCAUCCCCAUGCGGCGGGGAUCUGUCUCGCAUCCAUGUACUGACACAUCUGAUAAGCGGCCGGAUCCCUUCAGCUGUGCCUGUGCCUGGCACUUCCCUACCAGUGAGCUGUCAACACCAGCAGCAUCUGCACGUCCAGCCCACGGCGCUGCGGGGUGAAGCCGCAUAAGGAAGAGAGAGCUGCAACAUCGCUAACUGUGCCGCCCGCCCCACUGUCACACACCCCAUUGUACACAACCGAUUACUCGAACCCUUUGCCCACAAGGAACACACUAUGAUGAUGACCAGCACUGACCAUGUCAAGCUGGAACCCCCCUUCUACCACGAGGAUGCCCUCAACCUGCACGACUUUGCCCACAUGGCGGGUUACAGCGCCGGCGGCUCUCCUGGCAGUAGCGAAUGCGCAGGGCAACAGCAGGGGGCACACCGAGAGGCCGGAGUCAGGUACCAGGAGCAUAAGCUGAUGAGUGGCAACAUCAUUAUUCAGGGAAACAACCUGAAGAAGAAAGGCAUGAGUCCCGCAGUGAUCCAGCAAGGCUUCCCGGGAGAGCCGCUCAAGUUGAUGCCAGGGAGCGGGGAGACAGCGGUGGGGAAUAACCCAGUGGCAGCUGCAGGGGAAGGAGGAGCCGUCGCUGUGCCGAAUGCGGCCGCGGGGAGCACUAGUAACAGCAACUCGAACGGCGCGGAUGUGUCUCUCCUUCCUGUUAGCGCCGCGGCCUCCUCCGCUGCCCUUAACCUGCUCAAGCUCUCCCCACCCGAAAUAGAGCAGCUCCUUAUCCAGGCAACCAGCGCCGCCAGUACCGAUCCCUCGGCGGUACAACUGCCUCCUUUUUUGUACCGGAAUCAGCCGGUUAUUACCCAGGAGCAGGAAGGUUUCGUCGACGGGUUCGUGAAGGCCCUGGCCGACUUGCACAAACAGAACCAGCUGCUGGGCGCGCCUAUCUCCCCGACUGCCCUGGCUGCCGGAUCUCCCUCCUACCCGGUGGCGCGGACUCUGCUCCCGGCCGGGGAGGUGCCCGUCUACACCAACCUCAGCAGCUUCAACCCGGCGAGCGCGCAGCUCAGCCCCCCUAUCCCCCUGGCUCCCCAGCCGACUCCAUAUAGCGGUAACCCGUCCCCCGGUGCCGUGCAGCUGCAGUUCCCAGGGCUGGGCCGCCUGCACGCAGGGAGAGGUCCUUUGGACGAACCACAGACCGUCCCAGACGUGUCACAGGCCGGAGCCUCUCAAUCCGGGGGAUCCGCAGGGGGGACCGGGGACUCUGGUUCCCCUCUUACACUCUCCCCCAUCGAUCUGGAAACCCAGGAGCGGAUCAAAGCGGAGAGGAAGCGGCUGAGAAACCGAAUCGCCGCUUCCAAAUGCCGCAAGAGAAAGCUGGAGCGUAUCUCCAGGCUGGAGGAGAAGGUGAAAGUGCUCAAGUCGCAAAACUCGGACUUGGCCUCCACCGCCAGCCUCCUGAGGGAACAAGUGUCCCAACUGAAGCAGAAAGUCAUGAGCCAUGUGACCAGCGGCUGCCAGAUAGCGGUCUCCAAAUCUACCCCAGGGGCUAAAGGUGCGACGGCAGAGAGUCAGGGCUGCUGAGUUACUGGAACCCACAGGCAAAACAUAGCUGGUAACACAGACAAAACUGACAUCACAAAGCAGAUUACCCCCUGACACUCGUCACCUCACAACAGAGCUAUGUACUGCUUUUCAGGGCCCAUUAAUGGCGGCCAUUACCAUAGCAGAUGGAAAAAGAACUCCUUGCACCGUUUAUUCACCAUAAACACAUGGGAUAUACGUCCUUUUCUCUAAGUCAAUGAUAUCAGCUCUCCAGAUGUCGCGCUACAACUCCCAACCUUCAUGGACAGCCUGUCAGUGCAUGCUGGGAGCUGUAGUUCAGCAGCUGGAUAGAUUAGACAUCCUUGUGCUUGAAAAGCUGGAGGAAUGAAUAAGCUAUAUACAGAAGGAAGACCCACCCAAUGUAAUAGGGAGCUGUGGCACCCAACCAGAAUUUAUGUAUGGAAACACAAGGCACCGUACAAGUAAUGGUUUCUCCAUGAUAAAGCUGAAGAUAAAAUGUUGUUUUAUUGAAGCUUGGAUUAGUGACACACACCAGCUUUUAUAUGUUCUGAGAGGGGCUCCAUUUUCAAAUGGAUGUGCUGUUCAGUAACAAAGCAGAAUGCCUAGAAGGAUAUAAAAAUGGAUUAGGAUCUCCCUAGUCGGCCUCCGAGAGCCACAUUACACAGCUCCUCCCUUCUAUCCAGACAAAUGAACUUGCUGGACCUGUUUUGGUUUUCAGGCUCUGAAGAAAGGAUACCCAGCCCAAAAUACAAGAACUGCACUGAGGCCUCCCUGUUUAAGUGGCAAAAAGCCAUUUGCUUUAGGUGUAGUUAUGCAGGAGGGAGGAUUGCUAAGUGCACGUUUAAAGCCUGGGUGUGUUACUGGAAAAUGGAAUGUAAAUAGAAAUCUAACUUAUGCAAGACUUUAUUUAAUACUGCUUGUGCCAAAAGGUUAUUUUUUUGUAAGUUUUAAGUGAUCUUAAUUUAAUCAGCAGGUAUUUGGAGAACUGUUUUUUUUUUUUUCUUCAGUCCUUGAAGUGCAUUACACACUGCCAUUAUUAUCAGCCACUCUGAGCUGAACAAUGUAGUUUUGCUCUUGUAGGAAACACCCCAUCAUUAUUUUGUUUUGUUUGUUUUUGGGGUAGAUAUUGACUGGUUAGUCAACACCCAACACCCCCUUGCAUUUUGAUAGGGAUGAAAUUGUACAGCUGUGGGUGUCUGUUUAUUCAACUUAUUUUUUGUGUCUGUUUAAACUUCAGCUCCUGUUCUGCUAAAAUGUCACGCUGCAGGCUUAAAGGGGUAAUAUACACCACUGUUCAUAAUGAGCCUUAAUAGAUAGAAUGCAUGUUAAAAAAUGAAUCUGCUUAUUGUUUGAAUUAAAACAAAUCUGUUCUUUGUUGAAUUGAUAGACACAGAACAGUGAAAUUGAAAAUGCUUUCAUUUUACAGUUCUUUAGUAUAAUUGCAGGAGGGGCAGAAGGUAGUUAAAUUACCCUUCACAGCAUAUAAUGAACUCCUCUUUAUCUGUAAACCUGAGACACAGACAGCAAUUUGAGGAAAUGAAAUGCAAUGGGGCUCAUUUAUAAACACUGGGCAAAUUUGCACCUGGGCAGUAACCCAUAGCAACCAAUCAGUGAUUAGCUUUGCUCAGUCAGCUACAGGGUGAACACUGAAAGCAAUCAUCCUAUUGGUUGCUAUGGGUUACUGCCCAGGUGCAAAUUUGCCCAGUGUUUAUAAAUGAUUCUCAAUGUGUUUAUAGGGUUCUUAGCAAAGUAUUCACAGGAAAGGCAAGCAAUUCACCACUUCUUGCUGUGCAAUUAUUCCUUUAUUUAAGCCAGGUUUACCACUCCAAGUACAGAACAACAUUUCGGGGGGGGGGGGUUUCACCUCCCAUCGUCAAUCUGACCUCAGAGCAGGCAGAGCACAUUUUUUAAUACGAGUCUGUUUGGCUCAGGCUGAGAAAUGGUGUAUAUUUAACCUUUUUUAAUGCUCAUUAAGCAGGUCUGGACUGGGAGUCAAAAUAGGCCCUGGCAUUCCAAGUACUCAGAAGCCCAAAUACUACUCGACCUGCCCACUAAUUAGUGAUUGUCUAUGGGACCUUACUGCAGCCCCUCUGGCAUUUGCCAGAACCCACAGAUUGCCAGUCCGGGCCUGUCAUUAAGUUAAUAUCCUUAUUAUCUUAACGGGGUUUGACACUGAUAUUUAUUAAGGUUGUGCUGGUGACAGAACAUUUGCUAAUCAUUUCUCUGGCAAACCGUGUGUUUGUAAAUAUUUACUGUACUUGGAUGAAAAACACUCCAACUAGUGACAACUCUUAUGUAACAUUCAGAGUGAUUUGUGCAGGCAUCAGAACAAACAGCAGGCAUUUUGACACUGCUUAGAAGACAUUGGAAUAAGUUAAGCAAAUAGACACUGUAUACAGACAAAGGUAUUACCUCAAGAUAUUUUGCUGUCUUUAAUGCACUUGUAAGACUGAAUUGUUUAACAUUUGACAAAAGAGGUAAUUUCAGUGUAACUUCAUGAAUCCGGCUAGAGUUUUUGGGAUGCCAGGCGCUUAGACCGAAUUUCAUAUUUUAUUUAUUGCAGUCGGCCUGAAGAAACACAUCAAGUAUUACACUUGUUGAGAUUUAUUGCUAUUGCACUAAGCUCUAUAGUUUUGUAUACCUUGUGACGUGUUAUCCUCUACGCAAUCUAAUGUUUCUACAGUCAAUCUAGGGACCAUAACAAUGUGUUUGUCUCCUCAAGGGUUAAAGAUGAGCGUAACAUUGUAAGGACAUAAAUAUUCUGAAAAUAAAGAUUAAAUGGUGUUUUUAACUUUUAAGUGCUGGAAAAAAGUCAGGUCUAUGGCACCACCGUAAAAGUGCCAUUGCCAUAGAGUCUACAUAUCCAUGUUGUCUUUUGAUAUAUUUUGAUGUUAAUUGGCAGCAAGACCAGAAGGUGCCAGCACUCAAACCAGUAUCUGAAAGGAUAACACUUAUGCAUAAUAUUUAAACAUGGAGGUCUGCAUUUAAACAUGAAUAAAUGUUCUAACUGAUGCAGAAUUGAGAACCUUGUCCCAACAGUUCAGUUGAAAACUGUUAGGGUCCUCUGUCCACCAAAUCUUGCAUAAUUAAAAGGAUUCUAAGCAAUUUUUCUAUAUACAAUAAUUGAAAAAAAUUGUUAUGGUUCUUAAAGUACUUGUUAAUGGAAAUUGCUGUUAGAAUAUGUCUAGUUUUUUCUGUUCUCUGCAGUCCUAGAUCUUACUCCUGAAACAAUACAGCGAACCCUAGAGCAGAGGUCGCUUCUGCUACACUGUUUCAGAGUCGGACUCAGAGAACAGAAAGACAUAAGCCAAAACUUUUUUCAACUGCAAUUACAUUUGCAACUAACUUUUCAUAACCAUUGAAAAUUUGUAAUGUGUAUACUGGAAGAUGCUUAGAAUUAUGUUUGUGGUCGACUUUAAUUUGUACAGAAUAUAAUUUCCUAGAUCCAGAAAAUGCGUAGACAUAUAUUUGACUGCCACAAAAUGUUAACACUUAGACCAGAUUAACCUUUCAAAUGUUUUUAUGGUAUAUAUUUAUUUUCUAAAUAUAAAUGUUGUAUUUUUGCUAGGAUUUGAUAAAUAUCUAUAAAACAGUGGUUGAAAAUAAUAUUCAGUUUGCAAUUCACACAGAUUGCAAUUUGGAAUGCCCAUAGCAUGAAUGGAAGCCUUCUCAGAUUAGUGCACCAAAAAAAGUGGCAGGAGAAGAACUCCGUUACAAGGCAGUGUUUUAUGGUCUUGAUUUAAGCUGUUUUAUUUAGUUCCAGUCAUACUGUGGGCAUCAAUAUUUUAUUUAUUUCUUAAAACUUGAAGAUUUUUGGAUGUCAAGUGAAACCUCUAUUUUUCUAUGAAAUCUAUACAGUCAGAAGAGAGGCAGGUUAUACAGAGGAGCAAGGAGCCAUUACACGCCUCCUUCACUGUGUACAUUCCAGCCAGGGUUAGUAUUUGUGAAGUCUUAAUCACAAAUCAAAACCCUGAAAAAAAAUUAAAUGUAAAGGGCUCACGACUUUCAGUUAUAGUUUGUGUUUUGUGUGUAAAAUAAAAAGUAGUUGAAAAAACAGUGGUGACCUUGAUUGAAUCACUGUAGUUAUGGGGGGGAAAGUAUUUGGAGCAAGGGAAGACUGGCAGAUGUAUACUCUUUAAAACAUGUCUGAAUAUGAAACCAGUUUCAUCCUGACACUUUAAUGUACUGACACAAAUAAAGGGAAAUUAAACUA